UUUUUAUGAUUUUUUACUUGAUUUAUAUAAGUUAGAUAUAUAGAUUUUGUAACCCGAGAUGGAUUCUAGCCGUGACCCAAAAAUCAAAGAUGAGUUAGAAAAUAACACACAAAAAGUUAGUGAUAAAAUUAAUCAAUAUAAGAAGUACAGUGAUGAUAUAACAAUGUACAUAGCAUAUCAAAAUUGGUGCUGGAUGGAAUAUUCAUGGAUGCUGUAUACACAAAUGCUUCACAAGAACAUGCAAAUAACUAAUUUAACUAAUCAAAUUCAACAAUAUCAAAAUCAGCAACAAUCUACAGAACGUAAUAACUUCCAACAACAACAACAACAACAGCCACACGUAGAAGAAAGAGUUAUUUUCAAAUUGGCCCCACUUUCUAAACGAAUUGCUGCAGAAUUCAUUGAUUUUAUGUUGCUAGCACUGUGUAAAGUAUUCCUUAUCUAUUAUUUUUAUGGAGAUGAAUAUAUUGAAAAAUUUAGUUAUAUACUUGUGAUUGAUGACACAACAUCAUUGUCAGACUUAGAAGAUAUGCUUAUGCAAGCUCUUCUUUUUCGAGUUAUAGUUAUUGCAUAUGAGGGUUAUAUGUUAUCUGGUACACUUCCAUUUUCAAAUGGUUCUACUCUAGGAAAAAGAAUAAUGAAUCUUAAGGUUUUCUACUCAAAUGAUGUUGUUGAUCAUAACAAUAUUGAACAGACUGUGAGCAUUGUCCCAAGACCUCUAGGAGUUUUAAGAUCUUGUUUUCGCGCUUUUUUAAAGAGCACUUGCAUAUCAUUUGUUUUUCCCGUUAUGCUCCCUGUCCUUACAAUGUUUACUCACAAUCGUCUUAUCUACGAUAUUGCUGUUGAUGCUGUGGUUGUUGAUCAAGGUGUCGUGGAAAGAUAAGCAUUGCAGUAGUUAUCAAAUAUGUUAAUGUUAUAUUAAUUGUUAAAUUAAAUUUACAUAUAAUAA